UCCCGGGAGCGCCGGCGUCUUUCCACCCUCGCUGCGCCCGGCUCCCUUGCAAAGCUCCGCACCCCCAGCCCAGCCCGCGCGCCUUCUCCCCGCGCCUGGGUGCGAGGCGAGCUCCGGCCCAGAACGCAGCGCCUGGCUCCAGGCACGACCCCACCAUCCGCCUCCCUUGCCAGUGCUUCCAUCUGCCCUGCUUACCGCCGCUCCCUGGGAGGCUCCGUCCUCCCCAAGCCCCUUGGCUGGGCUGCCCUGCGCUUGUGUCCUGCCUGAUGCCUGGCUGGUGAUUCUUGAGGGGUGCGAGUGGCUUUCCUGGGUGUUCCUGCAGCGCACGCGUCCUAACCCUCCUGCAGGGCUCUGGGCCAGGCUGUGAAGCUAGGGUUGGGUCAGCUGCUGGGCUCUUUAAACCAGUAGUUCUCAAACUUUUCGGGCUCCGGACCCCUUUAGAUGUGUAAAAUGUAUGCGGCGCCCCAGCGGUCCACUGAUUGCUGAUGAGCUGCUGGGCGUCUGGGCAGAGAUCACAGAGAUGCACCAGCUCCAGAGGAUGAGGAGGCUUGUGGGGGCCAAUUGCCUGCUCCGGAGAUGCAGCGCUACUUGGAGGAGCUCUACCAAAAAUGCAUCUUUUUCAGAAGUGCUGCAACUGGAGGAUAAAAAGCUCACUGGUCUAGUUUUCCCUCUCCAGGGGCUAGAAAAAUAUCUAACCCCCGGUGUGAAUACGGCAAGUUUCCGGACUUUCAACCCUAGCCUGGAUGACAUCCACAGGGCAGAGGCGCUUUUCAAACCCUCCAGCAAACAUGUGAUUGAUUAUUUCAGUUCUGCUGUCCGCAUGGAUCAUGCCCCACAGCUGUCGCAGCCAGAGGUGUGCUUUGUGGGCAGAAGCAAUGUUGGGAAAUCCUCCUUAAUAAAGGCCUUGUUUUCAUUGGCUCCCGAAGUUGAAGUCAGAGUGUCAAAAACUCCAGGCCACACAAAGAAAAUGAAUUUCUUCAAAGUGGGGAAAUACUUUACAUUGGUGGACAUGCCAGGCUAUGGCUACAGAGCUCCCCAAGACUUUGCUGACAUGGUGGAAGCCUAUUUACAGGAGCGUCGGAACUUGAAGAGGACAUUCUUAUUAGUGGACAGCUUGGUAGGAUUUCAAAAAGCAGACCACAUCGCCAUAGAAAUGUUGAAGGAGUUUGGGAUCCCUUAUGCUCUGGUGUUAACCAAAAUCGACAAAGUUCCCAAAGGACUGUUGGUUAAAAAUGUACUAGAGAUCCAAGACUUUGCAGAGAAACGAAUGCAUGGGUGCUUUCCUCAACUCUUCCCAGUAAGAUGAGACUGGCAGAAGCAGCACAAUAUGAUGGUGGGCCAUGCGGUGUGAGUUAGGGAAGUUAAAAGGCAUUUAAUCAGCUAAUCAAACAGUCAAUGGAAUUUCAAUUGACAAGUCGAUUAGUUGAUAAGGCAGGAGGGACUGCAGAACCUCAGUGUGGCUAACUCCCAGCCCUGGGAGCUAACCCUGGUGUGGCUCUGCAUUGUAAAUGUAUUAAGAGCGUCAGGCUUUUAAUACAUUCAAAAGGCUGAAGCUUAGUGGGGUGGGGACCAGGUGCUAGCUGGGAAUCAGCUGAUUUCUGGCUCAUGCCUGGUCUCCUGCUACACUUCUGCCUCCCUGUUGAGUCACUAGUUGCUUACAUCCCUAGUUUGCAUGCCUGAGACCACCAAACUCAUUUUAAACAGACCACAUAUGGGCAAUAUCUUGGGGCCAGGUUUGUAAUGAUAGUUGCUUUCUUAUGCAUCAGAAGGAUAGUACUUGCAAUUAUGCUGUCCCAUACAAAUUAAUGCUACUUUGCCCUACGACUGUACACAAAAUAUCCCCUCUGCAUGUGAGUGGGAAUGGACAGAGGCUAACAUGCAGUUCUGCUCUGAAAGAUUAAGCUAAAUGGCACCUUUGUGUAAUUGCUUUGCUUCCUGAGUUGUAACUUUAACUUUGGAAUUCUUAUCCUGUUAGUCUAUACAACUCGGGGAGAGGGAGCUGGGUUCUGUUUUGUAUCCAACAGAACAGGUAGCCAGUUUCCAAUUUCAGGCCCAGAUCUGCCCUUGGUUAAAUCUGUACCACAUUACUGAACCCAGCUGCAUGGUACAAAUGUACAGAAUGGAAUUUGGCAUAUAGAAUCUUGGAUAGGUUGGCGGCUGUGUUGGAAAGAAUCCAGCUUGACUUUCAGCUUCUGGGGUGGGACUGUGGCAACUUAAAAAAAAUCUUUGUGUAAAUAGAGCAAGGUUGAUGCUGACAAGUAUGUUAAGGCCCAGAGCCACAAAGCUCUUGGAGCCGCCACCCAGCUCUCACUAUAUUUAAAAGGCAGGGCUGCAGCAGUUCCGGUCCCAGUUUGUGCUGGCUCUGGGAGCCACUUGUGCUGUGGCUCUGUAUUUUAAAUGUAGUGAGAGCUGGGAGGCAGCUCCAGGAGCUACCCCCACUGUGGCUCUGCAGAGUGCCUCCCCUUAUUGACUACACAAUUAGCCAAAUACCCACUCCUUAAUAUCCUUACCCUAGACCUGUGCUUUUAGUAUCAGAUCUGCUUUCCAAGCGUCACUGUGCCCUUAUUUAUUUCAUAUUAUGUGGUCUUAGGAUUCUUUUAAUGGGGGGAAAUCCCGUGUAACAUUCUUCCCUUUUAAAAAACAGUUGCUGCAGAGAGCGUGAGUAAAAAAUAUUAAACAUCUUGUUUUGACUGUCUUGUGAAGUUAAAUUUUUAUCAAGAUUUGCUGCAUUCAAGCAUCAGUUGCAGAGUAUAGCAGCAACUGGUUUUCAUUACUGCAGCACUAAACUAAAUGGAAGAA